CUCCGUUCUAUUUAUGUCAAACCAAUCAGAACGUUUUUACGACAUCAAAGACUAUUAAGGUACGCUGGCUGGAGGUGAAGAAAGCCCCUGACAUCUACAUGCUGGUCUACAACGACACCAUCGAGCUAGCGAGCGUUCUCACCGAGGUGAAACUCACAAAGAAAGAUAAAGACUCGUACAGUAUCUCGGCCAAGGAAAUCAAACGUAUUGAGAAGAUAAUUGAACUUGCGAUAAAGAAAGAAAAUGGGGAACUGAAUGAAAAUGAUGUAUUGAGUCCUGAUUUACUACCAGAUGAUGAUGAGGAGGAGGAAGAAGAGGAAAAGAAAACAGCAACUAAAAGAGGUAAAAAGAAAGUUGUUGCUGUGAAGAAAGCGGGAAAAGGACGAAAGCGAGCCGGAUCCAGGGCCGCGGUGAAACCCAAGCCAAAGGCGUCUGCUAGUCUCAUCUCAAACAGACUCAAGAACAAGGCCAAGAGGAAACUGACAACUCAAAAACAGACAAACAAAAAAUCAAAGCCUACAAAGGCCAAGGCAAAGAAACCAGUGAAGAAGAAGUUAAAGAAGGUAGAAAAGAAAGUGAAAGAAAAGAAGGGUAAACAACCACGUAAACACCCUAACCAACUAUUGACACCAAACACGAAGAUUGAGAUCGUGAUGAAGGACCCAUGCUUUGAAAUCAAAGCUGAAAAUGAAAUGCCUGAAGUGUCAAAGGCAGCUUAUGCCAAGCGUGCCAUCCGUGCUGUCCUCACCAACGACAUGGUGUUGUUGCGCAAGUUGAUCAACGACAAAAAGAAGGUGGCGUCAGUGUUCUUAGACAGAAGCGUAGAUGUGAAAGACGAUGCGAUGUCGUAUGCAAUCAUGAACAACAACCAGGCAGCAAUUAAACUGCUCGGCACAGAAUUAGAAGCAAAUCAACGAGAUAGAUGUAGGAUUCCAGACAGUAUCUUAGAAACCCAGGGUACAGGAAC